AUGGCCGACGACGACUCUUCCGAUCUUUCGUCCAUCUCAUCGCUAUCGGCGCCGCCAACCGAUGAUGAAGCCGACAUUGAAGUGGAACGCCAUCAAGGCAUCCUGAAAUUCUUCCACAAAGUCGACAAAAACCCGGCCUUGAACCCACCCCGGGAGACAACGCCGCCGCGACGCAAGAGGGAGCCUUCCCCCCUCAUGAAUAUUUUGGCCAAUUUCGGACCCCAAGAGCUGGAGCGUGACGUGGUCGAGACUAUCCCAGGCGAGCGCGUCGAAAACUUUCUCUGCGCGGUGCUUGGCCUUAUGCUUAACCGCAAGCAGGAUGUCAAAGCCGGUCAUUAUGGACGCGCCCUCGAAGAAGCUAUCCAGACGCACAAGAGUCAAUGGGCAAAGGAGUGGGAGGGUCAGAACCCUCUUGCUGGAGGUGCCACCUUUGCCUCCAUGACCCCAGUACAACGACUUGCUCUCCUGCGCACACUGAUCCAUUGGUCCCUCGCGUCCUCCGAGGUCGUCAAGACUAUGAUCAACAAGAACUACAGGACCCGCCACGAAGACGAUCUGAAUGUCGGCCUCAGCGUUCAACCUUGGGGAACCGACGGCGAUAAGCGGAGAUACUACCUGAUCGAGGGCAACGAUGACACGCAUUUCCGAGUAUACAGGGAGAGCAAUCCAGCAGGACACACACGAACAUGGUGGAGUGUUGCCGGCAACAUUGAAGAGCUGAAGGUGCUUGCCGAGAAGCUGGAAAAGAACGAUGGAGGACCCAAGGCCCGAGCCCUGGCCAAGAGGAUUGCCAACAGCAUCCCCCGAUUCGAAGCCACCGAGGAGAAGCGCAGACGGAGAGAGUACCGGAUCAUGCGCAAGGAGCAGUUCAAGCGGCCGGAGCCCGGUCUUUCGCUGUACGAGGGCCGCACCCGCGGCAAGCGCAUGAAGUACACCUUCUCGGACGACGAGGACGACUUCUACACGGACUCGACCGCGACCCGGCGGUCCACCAGGAACACCAGGAACCACACCCCCGCCGAGCCCGCCGGCCCCAUCACCACCGCCAGCGGGCGGCAAGUAAGAGCACCCACCCGGUUCGAGACGACGGCCAGCAAUCCGGCGAGUGCCCAGGGCGACGAGGAUGUCGAGAUGACGGGAGGCGUCGCUGACGCGAAGAAAGGAGACCAAGUAGAGCUCACAGUUGGACCCACAGGCCGCCCGAGACGAUCAGCCGCCGUACACCACAGCAUGAACGGAUGGAGCUCUGCCGCCGCCACCACCCGAAAGAAGAAGCGCAGCAAGGCCGACGACUACGAUUCCGAUGAAGAGGACGAGGCUAGCGAGGAACCGGACUUUGGCGAUGACGAGGAAGACGAGCACGUCCCGGCUGCCGACGGUGAGGAGGAGGACGAAGAAGACGAAGAGGAGUAUGAGGAGGAUGCAGACAUGGCGGACGAAGACGAUCUCGAUGACGACGGCAAUGCCAAAGAUGACGAUGAUCACGACAACAGCCUCGUGUUCAAGUUCCCCAUCCGCGUGGGCUUCGACGAGAACGCCAAAGUCACCAAAAUUGAUGGUCCACCCCUCUCGCCAACGAUUACUCACAAGCACCCUCGGACGGCACAUAGGAAUAUCGUCGUGAGCGAGGAGUCGACUCCCGCACAGUCUCGAGGUCAGUCGGUCGGCGAUGGCAAGGAGAAUGACAUGCCCAUGGCGGAUGUGGAUGAUGGGCCAGCAAUCAAGGAUGAGAUCGUUGCUAUUCCACUCACGAAAGCCGCGGCUAAGCCCCUUGUUGAAAAGGGUGGUGGUGGUAUCAAACGCCCCCUGUCGCCGCCCCCGGGAUUGGGACCGCCCGGAGGACAGCAGGCUUUGCCGAUUAGGAGUCCCGAAAAGCCUCAACCCCAGAAACUCGUUGGCCGUUAG